AUGUCUAUGUAUAUUAAGUCUGGCGAAUGCCCACCGCCUACCGGUGCAGGAAUCUGCGUUGAGGCGUGUUCUAGUGAUUCCUCGUGUCCUGAUCGACAGAAAUGUUGUUCUAAUGGAUGUGGCCAUGUCUGCACCACUCCUGUGCCAGUUUCUGUUGACGUGUGUCAAUCUGCUCCGUGUCAAAACGGCGGCAUCUGUACUUCAUUCAACGGUAGCUAUACCUGCCAUUGUACUUCCGGGUUCACCGGGUUCAACUGUCAAACGGGAACCGGCACUGAUUACUGUUCAUCUCACCCAUGUCUGAAUGGAGGGCGUUGUGUGUCUUCGGCCAACUCAUACCAGUGUGAUUGCACACCAGGAUAUGUCGGUGUUCGAUGUGAUAUAGAAAUAAAUGAAUGUGCAUCUAAUCCAUGCCUUAAUGGCGGUGUAUGCAGCAACGGUGUAGGCAGAUAUGUGUGCUCCUGUAGGUCAGUCUAUACCGGUACACACUGUGAGGUGUACGGUCAUACAUCAACAACGCCCAGCCCAACCCCAGAAAGGCCGGGCCAGUGCCCAGCGCCUACCGGUGCAGGAAUCUGCGUUGAGGCCUGUUCUAGUGAUUCCUCGUGUCCUAAUCAACAGAAAUGUUGUUCUAAUGGAUGUGGACAUGCCUGCGUUAAUCCCGUGUCAGAUGUCUGCAAUCCGAACCCUUGUCUUAAUGGCGGUAACUGUUAUCAAAGCUAUACAUCGCCGGGGUCUUACACAUGUAUUUGCGCCGAUGGAUUCUACGGAUCAAACUGCGAGACAAGUUCAGAGAGGCCAGGCCAAUGCCCACCACCUACCGUUUUUGGAAUCUGCGUUGAGGCGUGUUCUAGUGAUUCCUCGUGUCCUGAUCGACAGAAAUGUUGUUCUAAUGGAUGUGGCCAUGCCUGCACCACUCCUGUGCCAGUUUCUGUUGACGUGUGUCAAUCUGCUCCGUGUCAAAACGGCGGCAUCUGUACUUCAUUCAACGGUAGCUAUACCUGCCAUUGUACUUCCGGGUUCACCGGGUUCAACUGUCAAACGGGAACCGGCACUGAUUACUGUUCAUCUCACCCAUGUCUGAAUGGAGGGCGUUGUGUGUCUUCGGCCAACUCAUACCAGUGUGAUUGCACACCAGGAUAUGUCGGUGUUCGAUGUGAUACAGGAAUAAAUGAAUGUGCAUCUAAUCCAUGCCUUAAUGGCGGUGUAUGCAGCGACGGUGUAGGCAGAUAUGUGUGCUCCUGUAGGUCAGUCUAUACCGGUACACACUGUGAGGUGUACGGUCAUACAUCAACAACGCCCAGCCCAACCCCAGAAAGGCCGGGCCAAUGCCCACCGCCUACCGGUGCAGGAAUCUGUGUUGAGGCGUGUUCUAGUGAUUCCUCGUGUCCUGAACCACAGAAAUGUUGUUCUAAUGGAUGUGGACAUGCCUGCCUUAAUCCCGUGUCAGAUAUCUGCAAUCCGAACCCUUGUCUUAAUGGCGGUAACUGUUAUCAAAGCUAUACAUCGCCGGGGUCUUACACAUGUAUUUGCGCCGAUGGAUUCUACGGAUCAAACUGCGAAACAAGUUCAGAGAGGCCAGGCCAAUGCCCACCACCUACCGGUGCAGGAAUCUGCGUUGAGGCGUGUUCUAGUGAUUCCUCGUGUCCUGAUCGACAGAAAUGUUGUUCUAAUGGAUGUGGCCAUGCCUGCACCACUCCUGUGCCAGUUUCUGUUGACGUGUGUCAAUCUGCUCCGUGUCAAAACGGCGGCAUCUGUACUUCAUUCAACGGUAGCUAUACCUGCCAUUGUACUUCCGGGUUCACCGGGUUCAACUGUCAAACGGGAACCGGCACUGAUUACUGUUCAUCUCACCCAUGUCUGAAUGGAGGGCUUUGUGUUUCUACGACCAACUCAUACCAGUGUGAUUGCACACCAGGAUAUGUCGGUGUUCGAUGUGAUAUAGGAAUAAAUGAAUGUGCAUCUAAUCCAUGCCUUAAUGGCGGUGUAUGCAGCAACGGUGUAGGCAGAUAUGUGUGCUCCUGUAGGUCAGUCUAUACCGGUACACACUGUGAGGUGUACGGUCAUACAUCAACAACGCCCAGCCCAACCCCAGAAAGGCCAGGCCAAUGCCCACCGCCUACCGGUGCAGGAAUCUGCGUUGAGGCCUGUUCUAGUGAUUCCUCGUGUCCUGAUCGACAGAAAUGUUGUUCUAAUGGAUGUGGACAUGCCUGCAUUAAUCCCGCGCCAGAUGUCUGCAAUCCGAACCCUUGUCUUAAUGGCGGUAACUGUUAUCAAAGCUAUACAUCGCCGGGGUCUUACACGUGUUUUUGCGCCGCUGGAUUCUACGGAUCAAACUGCGAGACAAGUUCAGAAAGGCCGGGCCAAUGCCCACCACCUACCGGUGCAGGAAUCUGCGUUGAGGCGUGUUCUAGUGAUUCCUCGUGUCCUGAUCGACAGAAAUGUUGUUUGAAUGGAUGUGGCCAUGUCUGCACCACUCCUGUGCCAGUUUCUGUUGACGUGUGUCAAUCUGCUCCGUGUCAAAAUGGCGGCAUCUGUACUUCAUUCAACGGUAGCUAUACCUGCCAUUGUACUUCCGGGUUCACCGGGUUCAACUGUCAAACGGGAACCGGCACUGAAAGGCCAGGCCAAUGCCCACCGCCUACCGGUGCAGGAAUCUGCAUUGAGGCCUGUUCUAGUGAUUCCUCGUGCCCCGAUCGACAGAAAUGUUGUUCUAAUGGAUGUGGACAUGCCUGCCUAAAUCCUGUGUCAGAAAGGCCGGGCCAGUGCCCAGCGCCUACCAGUGCAGGAAUCUGCGUUGAGGCCUGUUCUAGUGAUUCCUCGUGUCCUGAUCGACAGAAAUGUUGUUCUAAUGGAUGUGGACAUGCCUGCGUUAAUCCCGUGUCAGAUGUCUGCAACCCGAACCCUUGUCUUAAUGGUGGUAUCUGUCUGCAUAGCAAUACAACUCUGGGGCCUUACACGUGUUUUUGCGCCGCUGGAUUCUACGGAUCAAACUGCGAGACAAGUUCAGAAAGGCCGGGCCAAUGCCCAGCGCCUACCGGUGCAGGAAUCUGCGUUGAGGCGUGUUCUAGUGAUUCCUUGUGUCCUGAACCGCAGAAAUGUUGUUCUAAUGGAUGUGGACAUGCCUGCGUUAAUCCCGUGUCAGAAAGGCCGGGCCAAUGCCCAGCGCCUACCGGUGCAGGAAUCUGCGUUGAGGCGUGUUCUAGUGAUUCCUCGUGUCCUGAUCGACAGAAAUGUUGUUCUAAUGGAUGUGGCCAUGUCUGUGCCAAUCCCGUGUCAGAAAGGCCGGGCCAAUGCCCAGCGCCUACCGGUGCAGGAAUCUGUGUUGAGGCGUGUUCUAGUGAUUCAUUGUGUCCUGAUCGACAGAAAUGUUGUUCUAAUGGAUGUGGUCAUGUCUGCGUUAUUCCCGUGUCAGAUGUCUGCAACCCGAACCCUUGUCUUAAUGGUGGUAUCUGUCAGCAUAGCAAUACAACUCUGGGGCCUUACACGUGUGUUUGCGCCGAUGGAUUCUACGGAGCAAACUGCGAGACAAGUUCAGAAAGGCCGGGCCAAUGCCCAGCGCCUACCGGUGCAGGAAUCUGCGUUGAGGCGUGUUCUAGUGAUUCCUCGUGUCCUGAUCGACAGAAAUGUUGUUCUAAUGGAUGUGGACAUGGCUGCGUUAAUCCCGCGCCAGAUAUCUGCAACCCGAACCCUUGUCUUAAUGGCGGUAACUGUCAGCGUGUCGAAACAUUGCCGGAGUCCUACACGUGUAUUUGCCCCGAUGGAUUCUACGGAUCAAACUGCGAAACAAGUUCAGAAAGGCCAGGUGAAUGUCCGCAGAUAAUGGGUGCAGGAAUCUGCAUUGAGGCGUGUUCUAGUGAUUCCUUGUGUCCUGAUCGACAGAAAUGUUGUUCUAAUGGAUGUGGACAUGUCUGUGCCAAUCCCGUGUCAGAAAGGCCGGGCCAGUGCCCAGCGCCUACCGGUGCAGGAAUCUGCGUUGAGGCCUGUUCUAGUGAUUCCUCGUGUCCUGAUCGACAGAAAUGUUGUUCUAAUGGAUGUGGACAUGCCUGCGUUAAUCCCGUGUCAGAAAGGCCGGGCCAAUGCCCAGCGCCUACCGGUGCAGGAAUCUGCGUUGAGGCGUGUUCUAGUGAUUCCUCGUGUCCUGAUCGACAGAAAUGUUGUUCUAAUGGAUGUGGACAUGCCUGCGUUAAUCCCGUGUCAGAAAGGCCUGGCCAGUGCCCUGCGCCUACCGGUGCAGGAAUCUGCGUUGAGGCGUGUUCUAGUGAUUCCUUGUGUCCUGAUCGACAGAAAUGUUGUUCCAAUGGAUGUGGACAUGUCUGUGCCAAUCCCGCGCCAGUUGAUCACAGUCCUCCAGAAUUUAGCCGAUGUCCUGCAAACAUUGUUCGCAGUAUCCCUGCUGGUAACACCGGGGUCAGGGUGACCUGGUCUGAACUACACGUGGAAGACGACAGUGGGGAAACGAUUCAACCCAUCCAGGUAGAGGGCCCCCUCUCUGGUUCAGUUUUCCAGCCUGGGACCCACAGGAUCACCUACGAAGCCCAGGACUCGGCAAGGAAUACUGCCGUCUGCACGUUCCAAGUUGAAGUCACAACUUAUGAGGUGAGGGAUGUGCCUCCAUCUAUCGUCUGCCCGCCAGACAUCACCAACAAGCUGUCUGCAGGCAAGUUGUCCGCCGUGAUUACCUGGGACAUGCCUACCGUGCUUCUCUCCUCCGGCCCUGCCCGCAUGACCUACCAAUCCAUGGAGUCUGGCUCCCGUCUGGGCCCGGGGAAAUACACCGUCUACUACCGCUACACCGAUGACUCAAACUUGCAAGGAUCUUGCUCCUUCACCAUCACCAUCACUGCUUCAGGCAAUCCGAAACCCCAGCAGCCCGGACAGCCGGACAAGUUAGGCGGUGACGGCCAGGAAUUGACGCUGACAAUUGUCAUCGGCGUGGUUGCACUGGUCGUCGUUCUGGCCGUCGUGAUGCUAAUCGGGCUCUACAUGUACAACAAACGAAAGAGCACCAAUAGCGAGACGUCUUCUGUCGGGAGUGGCAAGGGUAUCUUGAAGGGCCAGAACUCUACUGAGGAGCCGCGCUAUUCCAAACAACCCAUCGGACAGACUCACGAGAUCGCCUAAACGUCUGAUAUCCUGCACUGAGUCGCUGACCCUGCCUUUAACAGAUCUGACCACACCCAUUAAACCAGGCCCAAUUUAACCACACCCAUCUGACCAUGCUAUCUGAUUGUGCCAUCCAUUAAAAAAAACUGAUGUCUUUAACAUACAGGUUAUCAGUAGCUUCAUUUGCAACCAGUUUUCAUGACCACGCCCAUUUGACCAACUGAAAAUGAGGUCUUAAAAAAUAGCAGCUAAUAAUAUGCAACACAUUUAAGAACGCUCUUAUUAGUAAACUGAAUCACAGUGCUUACAGUGUUAUUAUUACCCCUGAUUAUUGGGCCAGUUAAACAUUCCAAAUACCAUCUCAGCUCCCUGGGGAGUAUACAGCUCGAUGCUGCCUGUUAGGCACAAGGAAGCUAAUUCAAUCACAAUAACCAUCUCUGCCCUCUCAGGUACCCAUUUACUCCUGGGUGGAGAGAAGCAAUGAGUGACAAAGUGCCUUGGCCAAGGCCACACGCACCAUGACCCCGGCUGGACUCGAACCCACAACCUGCAGCUUUACCCACAGACCACGAAUCAGUGCCCUUAACCACGAGGCCACAGCACUCCAUGGCAGCUAGAUUUAUUUUCAAUCCUGCCAUCCCGAAUUUUUACUGGGUCUAAAGUGGGUCAACAAAAAUGGUCCUGUCAAUUCAAGUUUAAAACGGUAAUCAGCUGUUUUUUUAUUCAUUUUCAAGUAAAUAGUGGAGAAGGCAGGGGGCAAAAUGCACCACGACUCCUGAAGAUUUGUAAUAAAGAAAAGAAAGAUUGCUUUAGUUUCUACUUUUUCUAUUUAGGGUUCUAUUUUUGGUAACAAAGUUUGAAGUUCACGAUUUUCUUUAAAUUUUAAAGUUUUUUUUAUAAACUUUUUUUCGCAAUGAGCUUCAAAUCUUAAUUGUAUGCAGUUUAAUCUACCUCAUUACACAGUGUACACUUGCAAUGAUUUUGCCGCAAAAUGCUUUCAGUUAAUUAAGCUAUAUUAAUCGGUUUGUGAUUUACAGUCGUAUAUGUAUCUUGAGUGUAGCCAGAAUUUGCAAUUAAUGUUUCACACUUUCAGUAAAAAGUUCCACUUUCCAUUUAAAGCUUAUAACACGACAAAAUUUACACAGACGUAUUUCAAGCAUAUUUUUUACAGAUAAGUUAAUCACUUGCAUUCUGCCAAACUGCGGUGGAAGCCACUGGGAUCGGAGACUAGGGGGAACGCCCUCUCCCGCGAGCACACAUACUUUCGAAAUUGUGCUUUUCCCGCCAUUUUUGGGUUGUAAUUCCACAAAGAAAAAAACUUGGCUAUUGAAAUUGACACAGAAAUACGUGCGUAAACUAGUGUCAGAUGUGAACAGCGCCAUCUAUCGGUGCCCUCCUUAACGAAAUUUUCUUGUUCCCUUUUUCUUGUAAAGAUUUUGUUGAAACAUAAUCAAAAUUUGAAUGCCCCCUUUCAAUAGCAUUCCUUUACCGCUGAUUCUGGCAGCACUCUGCACUUGUUAACGUGUUUAUGAUUUGUAUGUUUUAUUCAAAAUGUAUUUUGUACUCGGACAUAUAUAUUUUUUUUAUUAGGGAAAGCACUCGAUGAUUCAUUUGAACUUCACAAAAUGUCAGUUUCAUAAUAUUUGAGCAAGAAAAUGUUGUUUAAUAAUCCUGAUCACACUCAAUUUCGAUAAAGAAGAGCCAAUAAGGACAUUUAAUAUCGACACGACCAUGACUGAAUCAUCACUGUUAUUUGUUUGUUUUAAUUCAUAAUUUUGUUUUACAUAUAUUUUUUACAAACAAAGUAUAUUUGCACUAAAUUGUAGUAGUUUGAAGCCAUGUUAUAUGAAUGCUGUGUAUAAAAAGCUAUGAGGCUGUUUAAAAUGUUUGUUACUUUUUUUCAGAAGGGUGUCCCUUUUUAUUUCUAUGGUUCUCAUGUUGUUUUUGCCUCUAAAGUUCGGUCUGUCGGUCGGUCAAAAACAAAUCUGAAGAAAUGUGUUUAAGUUGCACCUAAGUUAAAUAAUACCACGUGCGUAUUGUCUCGGCUUUGUUUAUUGCAAUGGGCUUAUCAUGAGUUGAUAUCACAGAAUAAAAUAAUGAAAACAUA